GAAGGAAGUGAGAGAGACCUAAAGAAAAUUCAGGCUGGCCUUCAACUUCUUGCAGGGCGUUGGCAUCUGUCACCACCAAGGGCAGGAGAGGGGACAGGACCAUGUGGUUCCUCCCUGCUCUGCUCCUCCUCUUCCUCCACCUCCUAGAGCAUAAAGCGACAGUGGACACAGACGGAAUGCAGACAGACAUCCUGAAGGUGUACAAGAGGCAAGAAAUGGACAAAAGGAUACAGUGAGAGAAUGUCGGCUCCGUAUGUUAAUAGGGACCGGAAGUGAGUGGAGUUAAGUGUGGAUACCCAGAGGAGAGUCCCAAGCCAGGGAUCAGCAGGUGCAAACGUCCCCCAAAAAUGUCACCACAGCCUCCAGAUAGUGGCGUAGAUCAGAGGGAUGCAGGCGGCUCUGUGGUCAGAUGUAGCGCUGGCUCCAGGAGUCAUUCUUUCCUUUUCCCCCACUAUUAGCGGGAAAUGAAUGAACAGCGGGGAGUAACUGAGUCAUCAGAAAGGAGAGAUCCGAGGUCAUUCUUCCAUUCUGCCACCCAACACCUACCCAAAAUAAUGACAACAAGUCCAUGUCUAGACAUGGGGCCAGGAGACACAGAGGACAGAGCUGUCCCAUAUAGUGGCUCAGUCUAUGCUCCCAGCACUCAAGGGAUAAAGGAUUUCAGUGAGUUCAAAGUUAGCUUGAGCUAAAUAGUGCAUUCCAGCCCAGCCUGGGUUGAGAGUGAGAUGCUUUUUCAAAUAAACAAGGCUGAGCAUGUAUCUUGGUAGAGUGCUUGCCUGGCAUGCAUGAAGCCUAGGCAUCAAACCUGAGCACAGCAUAAAUGUGGUGGCACACACCUAAAAUACCUGGACUCGGGGAGUAGAGGCAGGAGAAUCAAGUUCAAGGUCAUCCUAAGCUAAAUAGAGGCUAGCCUGGGCUGGAGAAUAUGAUGGAAGAGAGAGAGAUAGCUGUGACCUGCCGUCUGUACCCUUUGUGGGGACUCAGCAUCCAGAUGAACUCUGAUUAAGGGACCAGGAUCACAGCAUUAGCUUGACCAGCAGUGUGGAGCGGUAAUAGUGCUAGAGACCCCAUGGACUAAGAGCACUCUGUGGAAGGCGAGGCAGAAUUUUGGUAGAAAAUGGUUUCUCUGUGGUCAUAGAGAUAGAACAGGAGAAGUAGGACAGCCAUCAAGUCCACUCAGGAAGUGGCAUGUCACAGGGGGUGGGCAGCCAAAAAAGAAAGUGCUCUCCAGGACUCUGCAGGAGUGGGAAGGAGGCGAAGACCUCACCUGAGGGCUAGGGCAAAGCUGACAUCCUCAAUCCAGAGCCGUGGAUGUAACCACUUACUGGGCAUGAUAGAAACCAAAGCCUCUGAGGUCGGGAGCAUCGUCAGAGCCCUUCCUGCAUCUGUUCACCGGGAGCCUCACAUGGGAGCCAGAGACCAACCAGGAAGCAGAUGACAGAAAGAAGAACUAGGCAAGUAGACAUUCUAGGUUCUAGGAGACAGCCCCUUCCCUCUUGGGCUUGGUGUAGGUACAGAUGACAUCUGAGCUGAAGAAAUGAUCCCAAGAGUGAUGAGAAUGUGGCUGCCUUCGGUUCUGCUCCUCUUGCUGGUCCCAGGCUGUGUCCCUCUGUGUGGCCCCAGCACCGUGACAGGCACUGUGGGGGAGUCGCUGAGUGUGCAGUGUCAGUAUGAGGAGAAAUACAAGACUCAUAACAAAUACUGGUGCAGAGGGUCACAUGUGCCACUAUGUGACGAUAUUGUCAAGACCAAAGGUUCAGAAGAAGCUAGGAACGGCCGAGUGUCCAUCAGAGACCAUCCAGACAACCUCACCUUCACAGUGACCUUGGAGAACCUCACCCUGGAGGAUGCAGGCACCUACAUGUGUAGGGUGGAUAUACCGUUUACCGGUGGUUUCUUAGGGAUUGAUGACUCCUUCAAGGUUGUGUUGUCCGUGGUCCCAAGUGAGGUCCCAGUCUCUAGCCCUGGGAACAGCGAAACUACCAUGGCGUCUUCCACAUCCUCACCAGGGCACACCCAGCCCAGCGUGACCACAGAAGACACAACUCCUCAUCCCAGCCUACAGCCUCGGUCUCUUCUGAGCAGCCUCUACUUCUACCUUCUGGUUUUUCUGGAGUUGCCCCUGCUUCUGAGCAUGCUCAGUGCCGUCCUCUGGGUGAACAGGCCUCAGAGGUGCUCUGGGGAGAAGACGCCUUGGCCUGAUUAUGAGAAUCAGUGACGUCUGUUGACAUCGAGGCCCUGUCCCUGGACUCGGCUCCUCAGGUGGCUGAAGACAACCAGUAAAUCUGUUUCUGAGAAUACUCUGAGAUUUGUAGAAGAUUCUUUGUGCUGCAUCAGACACAUAAAAGAAUGUGCCCAAUCAAUACAUACAUGGUUUAAUAGAAUGUUAA